CUUGGAUUUACUGAGAAAGGAUCAACUAUUCAAAAAUUUUGUAAGAAAAAAAAAUGUUUGGUUAUGGAUUCAAAGUAUUUUCUUUUAUAGCAACAACCCUGUUGAUAAGUGUUAGUAAUGGCCAAACUGGUUUACAACAACGACAAGGAGGAUCAAUGAAUGCCAUCCCGGAUGCUAAUGGUAAUUGGCAGUUUGUUGGUUCACCGAAUGGACAAGAUAACCCACAACCAACGGGAGCCUUUACAGGAGAUAAAAUUCCAAUACGACUAAACAGUCCAAUGCCACAAGGAGGCAGAAUGCCGAGACCAAUGAGAUUAAAUGGUGUUAGCGCAGUAAAUAGUGGCGAGACAGGCUUUGACAAUCAACAAAGUCCUGGUAGAAAUCCUCAAAAUCUAAAUAACAGAUUUGGAAAUAGCAGAAGUAAUAUGACACAGUUUAUGCGAGGUGUAAUGAGGAAGGGCAAGGGUGUCAUGAAUAAAAUAAUGCAGGCCAUUAAAUCCGGGAAUAAUAGUAGUGUUUUUGUCGUACGACAACCAAGACAAUUUUUACCAUCUGCAUGUACACAAGAAAUGUUGCAAAUUCAAACUGAUUGUUUCUCUAAAAAUGGCUACACUAUGGACUCUUUUUUCCACACGUUACGCAAUGGUAGUUUUUCUGAAACCAAGCCAUCGAGUUCCAUGGAUAGUCUCAAAGAACAACUCUGCAAAACUAGGCAAGCCAUUUUGGAUUGUGCUAUCCCAGCCAUAAUUGGAAAACGAGACAAACCGCCAUGCCUUGAUGUUCAUGAUUAUAAUUUUGGACAAGAAAUGGCACUGAAAGGUCUUCGAAUCGUCCAGGACGUAUGUGAAGCAGGACUGUUACCCCCGUCACCAAUAUGUGUACCUCUGGUGAACAGAGAAAUGCAAAGAUGUUAUACCAAAGUUGGAUUUAGUCCCGACAUGUUUAUCUCAGACGACAAAGAUGUGGAGGGAGCAGUCAUUGGCAAAGAUAUGGAUGCUGCACAAAAGUUUUGUGGAUCAAGAAAACAAUUAUACGAUUGCAUGAGAUUAGUCAUGAAGAAUUGUCCCCAAGCAGAGGAGUAUUUAAUGAUGUCAGGACAUGAUCAGACAGCAAUUGAAAAAAGUAUAGAUGUUCUCUGCGACAAUAAAAAAGUGUAUGUUGAUGGAUUAAAUUGCUUCCAGACCCCGAGCGAAACUGUACAUAACUGUAUUGAUGUAAUGUCAUCACAGACAUUAGAUCUCGAGGCUAGACAAAUGUGGAAGUCCAUGGGUAAAGACGAUUUCUUUAAAGAGUUUUGCAGAAUUCGUGUUCAGCAUAUGGAGUGCGACACUACUGCAUGGAAGGAGAGUUGCCAUGAAGUUACCGUAGGGCUGAAGAAUGAAUUUCAGUGCGCCAUGUUGCCAGGGAUAUGUCAUAACAUCACAGAAAUCGAUGACAUACUACACAAUAAUGUUUGUAGACGUCAGGCUUUUCUUCAAGCUUUAAGAAGUUCAUACGGUGGAGCAAGUAGUCCGAGCUCCUGGAUUUUAUCAAUUGGUCUUGCAGUGGGACUUAGUCUACUCUUUCUAUAGUUACUAUUAGUAUGGCAUGAAGAACUACAUUUCAAUUGUUUUGUCUUUCAAAAUAGAUAGUUUUGAAUUUUUUAUAUAAGUGCUACAGUGUAUAUAAAACAUUUUUUAACAAUCAGGUAAUAUUUAUAUUUAUUGUACUUAUGAAGAUAUGCAGUAGAAAAAAUUGUUUACUCAAUCAUUAAAAUAUAUUCAAUGGAGUAAUAGUGUGGUCGUUUUAUAAAACAAAUAGAGACACACACAUAUUUGAUCUGAAAAAUCCAAGUAAAUUGUAUGAAAAGCUGAAAUGUCUAUGAACUCAAUAGUGCAAUUUUGUAUACUAGUAUAAGAAAACGAAAAAAUCAAAACGAUUUAGAAUUAAGAAGGGAAAUAUACAGUCUCAGUAGUGCAAACAUAAUAGAAUUACCGACAGUUCCAAUGGAAUAAGCCUCCUACAAUUUCAUUCUACCUAAUAUAACACACUUUUCGCUAAGUAAUUUUAGAUAUAUAUAACGAUGAGAAACACGCAAUUGCUGCACUCUCUAUUUUCUUAAAUCCCUUGUUUGUGUUCAUUUAGCAUACAUGUAUUUUUUAUCCAUCAGAUGCUGCAUUAAUGGUGUAAAUAUUUUACUAUUUUGGGAAUGUCUACGAUUGAAAAGACUUAAUGAUUUGCAUUGUGAUUUUUUCGUCUUUUCGUCGUAAAAGUAUCACCAUGAUUCUAUUAACAGUUGAAACCAUUUACUAUUUUCAAAUUGAUGCAUGCAUACAUUUUGUUUGUUGAUUAGGUAAAUAUGGGCGAGGAAUAUAAUUAUUUCUUUUCUCUAGUUGAUCUCUUUUUAUGAACAGCCUUCAAUCAUUUGUUGUCAUAUCAAUCAAAAUGGAUAUACAUACGGUUGCUGCAAUAGUGUUUUGUAUAUAAAUGUCGAUUCAUUUGACAAAUAAUCAUUCAGUUGAAAUCAUUAUACUACUAGUAUUAUAGUUGUAAGAAUUAAUUAAUUUUCGAUAUUGUAUAGAUCGGGAUUAUCAUUUGUAUAUUAAUUUUGUAAUA